CUCAAUUAGGCCGCUCUAAUUUUAAGGUGUCCACAGAUACGCAGUAAAAGUUCAGCUGCACCACAUCGAGUCGUCCGUUAAACGUUAUCGUAUACAGUAUACAGAUGACCUUUCUUACGGUUUGAUCUCAGUCAGUGAUGUGACGCGAGUGGAGUAACAUCGACAACAACUAUUAAUAUCAAUAAUGCGGACUCUCACGUGCGUUUUUGUGGCCAGUGUUUUGGUGUGCGUCUCUGGUACUAAUUACUUCUUCGGUGAGAGGACGCCGACGACGCGUCUGGUGCAAAGAAACAAAGUGUUCUACGAAGCUAUACCGUUGAUGAAGCGGGUGAAGUUUCAUGAAUACGCCGGACCGAACAACUUGGUAAUCAAGGCCAUCUACUGCUACGACUACCAGAACAGCGACGCGUCCGUGAACAUCACCGAUGGUGGUCUAGGCACAAACCACGUCACGCUCCGUAUGAAGAGCCAACGCAGCUACCGGCUGGACUACGUGAUCGAGAUUUACCAGUGAUUCUGUUUGGUACAGCAACUGGUUUAAUGAUUAAGCAAAUAAAAUGUUUAAAUUUUUAUAAGAUUA